AUGGCCAACGCACCUUCAUCAUCAUCGCCGUCAUCGCCUGCCACCGCACCUUCAUCAUCAUCACCGUCAUUGCCUGUCACCGCACCUUCAUCAUCAUCACCGUCAUCGCCUGUCACCGCUAGCACCAACACCACUCCGCCGCCUUCUUCUUCUUCGGUAGUUCCCGACGCUCCCCCUUCUCCUAAAUCCGCCGUCGAUUUCCUCUCUCUCUGUCACAAACUCAAGGCAAGAAAGGGGACAACAAGAUGGCUGAGAAGUGACGUGGAGAAUCCAGAAUCUUUAGCUGAUCAUAUGUAUGGAAUGACUUUGAUGGCGCUGAUUGCACCAGAUGUUCCCGGUCUUGACCGAAACAAGUGCAUCAAAAUGGCUAUUAUUCACGACACUGCAGAAGUAAUGAUUUUGGACACAACCCCCUAUGUUCGGAGAGAAAUAACGCAUCAACGAGGACAAGUGGCGCUUUAUAAUAUGUGCCGAAUACUUGGAGAGGGAGAAGGAUCGAGAGGAAAGGAAAUUACUGAGUUGUGGAUGGACUACGAAGCAAAUUCUUCUCCAGAAGCAAAAUUUGUCAAGGACCUUGACAAGGUUGAAAUGAUACUUCAAGCGCUGAACUAUAAAGGAGAUGAGCAAGGAAAUGAUUUGGAUGAAUUUUUACGCUCGACUGCUGGGGAGUUCCAAACGGAAAUUGGCAAAGCUUGGGCAACAGAGAUUGUUUCAAGAAGGAAAAAUACCUAA